CAAAGAGUCUGAAGGACAAACUGGUUUUAGUGGAAGAAGAAGAAUCAUCUCUCCUACUAUCAGGACUAAAAUCGCAUUUCUUCAGGAUGAUCUUUAACUUUUAAAACCAAAAAAGAGCCUGAAACUGCUCCUGCUGGUUGAAAAGUCACUGGUUUUGAGGAGAAAUAAAGAAGAAGAAGAAAAGUCAAAAGAGAAAAGACAGGAAGAACCAAAAAAGUCUUGGAUGUAUUUGCUUCUUUAGAAAUCAACAGGAAAAGAAGAAUAACAAAGAAGUGACACAAGAAAAGAAGGGGAAGGAUCCAUCGGAGAACCAGAGGAGGAUGUUGUUGCAUGCUGCAUCACAUCGGAUGCAAAGAAAAGAAGAAAUAAAAGGACAUAUAAGGAUGCAAGGAUUGAGUAAUUAAAGAAAACGGCAAGUUUCUGCUUCAAAUUUAAGAAAAGAAAGCAGGAAUAUUUAAAUAUUUUUCAAAGAUAUGAUUGCAAAAGAUGUUAUAAACUGAUUUUUGCAAACUUCUUUCUCUCAAGUUCGGCAAAAAAGGAAGGAAAAGUUUGAGUUUUUAAGUUUUUGGACACUUUUUUAUGAAAUAUUUUGAUGAUAGAGGAAAAACUCAAGAAGGAAAGAGAAGGGCGAGUUCAAGGACAAACUAAAAGAGUAAAAAAAAGCUGAAGCAACGCAGGUGUGAAGAUGCAAAAAUGAUUGAAUAAAAAGGAAACAGAGGUACAAGCAGGAAAAGUGAGGAAAAAAGAGAAAUAUCCUGGAAAAAGAAGGGGAAAGAGUAAAAUCUGCUCAGAAAUAACAAUCAAAAGGUACAAAAGGGAGAUAGGAUGAACAACGAGGAUAAACCAGAGUAAAAAUCAACAGAAAAGGAAAGAAAGAAGACUCAAAGAGAUCAGAUUAAAGAGUCCAGAUAAGGAGGAAAUCAAAGAGGAAAGAACCAGAAGCAUCCAGGUGUGAAAAUGAGGCUCCUGGUGCUUCUUGCAGCUUCUCUCUCCAUCCUCCUCCUCCACCCCCACUUGGCGGCUGCAGCCCUUGCAGGCGGCGUGACCCCUAACAAGCUGGAGCGCUGGGUUCGCUCCGGCCUCCAGUCGCUGCAGUGGGACCAGCUGGACCGCUGCCUCCGCAUGUCCUCUCUGUCCGAGGCUGAGUGUAGGAGGCUCUCCCACCUGCCGAUGUCCGCUGUGGCUGUGUAUGUGUCGGAGCCACGCAGUGCCGCAGGUAAUUCAGACAAAGUUCUGACCAUCCUGCCGGACUCCUCUGGUGGGAUAAUGAGCUCCAAGUCUCGGGGUUACAGCAUCAGCCAGGUGCUGAAUCGGGAUGGUGCCCACAGGUACCAGCAGGCUUUUCCAGGGCUCACGGCCCAUGAUGCUGUGCUGGUGUUGGAUCCAAGCCCUGGGGAGAACUUUGGGCACCCGGUGUUCCUCUUUUACGUGGAUGUGAAUGUGACGAAGAAGAGGUGCUCCCACAUGGACGGCAUCUACCUAGGUGAGGAAUGUCUGACUCUGGCUCUGAAGGGUCGUUGUCAGAACCAGCUAAAGCGUCGACAACCCAGUCCAGACCGGAUUAUUGGAAAUGCACACGGUCGGCUGGGAGGUGUUGCACUCCGCGGUGGAGCCAUUACAACCAGCAGUGGCAGCCGUCUGCUUGACCGUGCCAUUGGAGGACUCUGUGAAGUCCACUUCCUUCCACUGGUGAUAGGAGUCGGGGACAGCAACAGAACACAAAGACUUAGAUGUGUUGACCAAGCAGAGUUUGGGAGGUGUCCUCAGCCUAUACCAAUGGUGUCUCCCAGUCUGCCCAUAUCCAGCUGUGAGCUGAAUAAGAACACCAGACGGUGCCACCAGCAGCCGUUGGCCACUCACCUCUCCUGUCGACUCUACCAGACCUGUGACCACGCUGUGCUCAUCUCAGGUGGUUGGCAACAACAAAUGACAUUCCAGCGCCAUGUUCAAAACCUCCAAAGGUUCUACAGAAUGCUCCAGAACAACGGUUUCCACAAAGACCACAUCAAGACCUUCUUUGCAGGCAGUGGACAGCUCCCUGAGGACGUAGAGGGAGUUUACUCUGCAACGGAGAAAGCGGUGAUUCGUAACCACGUGUCGUAUGUCUGCAGGAAGCAGCACUGCGCCGACACACUGGUUCUCUACCUGAACUCUCCGACACGCAACGAUGGCACCAUGCUGCUGUGGGACGCAAACCUCAACGGCAUUGCUGAUCUGAAGGAGCGAUACUCUGUCAACGAGCUACUCACUGACCUAGCCGGCUGCAAAGCCACCCGUGUUUUGCUGUUCGUGGACCAGAGCUACAGCGGUGUUCUUUCCAAGAGGCUGCGGGGGUCCCUGAAACACCACAAUGUUGUUCUGAUCCAGAGCCAGACCCGGCAGACUUACCAGAGGAUGAACCCUGGCUGGGAUGGCAGCAGCUGGUCCUACAUCGGCCCUUCUACCUGCCUGCUGGACCACCUGGGUUCUGGGGUAUCUCGCGUCUUCGAGCCAUGGGCUGGCCUUUUAAAUGUGACGUUGGCAGGCGCUCCCUGUAACGUCACACCACCUCUGACGGAGAAUGAAAUGCGGCGAGAGUACCAGGGCUGCCAGAACCUUCCGACUGCUCUCUGGCACCAGAAAUACAGGAGGCCCAACUAAGAGAGACACUGAGACGGACUGGAGCAAG